AUGCCGCCUGCAAGAAAAGAAUGGUUGUAUCCAACUUGGGUACGGAAUUGCGAAACCAUUUUCAUCCGAUGCAGACGCAACGGCCCGCUUGGCUUUCAUGCACUUUUCGCGGGAACGGCCUUAUCCUUAAGUGUCUUGCAGAAGCCUUCCCCCCCAUUAGAUGAACUACUGCCAGCUCCAAGCCAGUCGGCGCCGCCGAAUACUGCCCCCCUCCUCGACUUCGACCUACAUCUUUAUCAUCUGGGGGUCGAUGUCCCAGUGGAUUACAAUGUGUACAAGUCAUUUGCAGAAGCCCUGAGCUUAACAAGCAUCAGGGAGCCCGGCGAGAUUGCCGCCCAAGCCCACGCAAGCCAAGCUGUGGUUGUCAUUUCAAGCGACGAUGAAGCUACGAGCAACGAUGAAGCUAUGAGCAACGAUGAAGCUAUGAGCAACGAUGAAGCUGUGAGCAACGAUGAAGCUAUGGCAGAAGCUCGAGCCCACGCAAGCCAAGCUGUGGUUGGCAUUUCAAGCGACGAUGAAUCUGCGUCCGACACAUCAGGUUCGAGUGCAGACUAUCGUGCACCUACUACUCAUAUCCAGAAGGACUUGACAUCUAAGCCCUAUUCCAUGCAUGCACUGUCCGUUGCGCUUAGGCCUGAAGCAUCAGACAGUGGAAGCCAGCUAGGUGCAGGAAGAAAUGGGACUUCUCAGCUACCUGAACCAUGGGCUGCUUUUGUGGAGAGAUGUCUGCACCAACUGAAAUGCUCAGGCACACUAGUGGAAACAUUGAGAACACUCACAACACCAGUGGUCUUCCAUGGUGGUCGUUCAAACCGUAUCUCGUUUAGGCCUGAUCCACUCCAAGUUCUCUUAUGUGCGAACCGCCCACAUGAGGUCUCGGAAGUCAAGAUCUACUUCUCUGACCAGUGCGAGAGUUUCCAGUGGAUGCAGGGGGAUGCUGUGAUACUUCAGGCACCUUGCGAGGUUGAGGCAUCCCAUAUUAAGUACAUCUCAGUGAUGGUGGACAACCGCGGCGAACGAGUCCCCCCGACGAGCGAAGAGCUCCCUCACCUUUCCAGCUAA